AGGCAAAAACAAACAAACCUUCAUCUUGUUUCUAAAAGAAUUAGCAGAAAUCCAGGCUUGUUUUCUCGUCUCCUCAAAAACUGAGUCAUUUCAGACAGUGUUGUCAAACAUGCAGUCUCGGAGACCUCUGCUUUGCCAACUGUCCUGAACUUCCUUCACGCCGUAUCUAUUAGUUAAUCUUUGAACACCAAUGAAUAAUAUCAGGGAAAGUGCAGGAUACCAUGAUGGCAAAGAUCGUGGAAAGAAUUUUAACUAUAUAAAGCAGAAAUAUACAGUACAAAAGCAAUAACUUUUUCUCUGUAGGAGGAAGAGUUUUGUUUCUAUACGUGGUUCCUGAACAGAGAUGGGCCCAUGACCAAAAGUGAAAUGCAAAUAUCACUAUAUUUUUUUUUUUAUAUCAGUUCAAAUCCAAGCAUUAUGCCUUGGGCCCAUUUUGCUACUCGGACUGUUUGCUGUUGAACUUAAAAGUUGAACAAAGUACAGCCAGGAAGCUGGUAGAUUUGUUCAUCACUACCAAGGGCUGAUGGAACCUGGUCCAGGUCAUAGAAGUAGAAAAAUGAGUGAAUGGAUUUUACACAGAGAUUGGUCAGGAUAAGUAGACAAGAAAUAUGUGCACAACAGGUGCUCCGUGUUGUCUUGCUCGCUAAUUUGGCCCCUGUUUUCAUAAACCUAAUGUACAGUAUGCUGUGUUUUCUAGCCCUUAAAUGUGAUGGGAUAGCUUUUAUUUAUUUAUUUUAAUGCAUUGUGGGGGGGGUGUUGUUUUUUUUUAUGGUAGUGCAGAUCACCUAAGAACAAGAAACAUUUUAUCACAACAAAUGGAAACCAGUGAAUAAUAUGGACUUCAGGGGCAGACUUCCAUGGAUGAUACAAUUCUAUGCAGUAUUCAUUCAUGCAAAUAGAGCAGGCUACGUAGGCCUUUGGCCAAUAUACAUUCUAAAAGUUAGAGUUAAGCUGAGGUAAAAAAGCUGUGAAUUCUUAGGCCCAUGCAUCUGUCAUGUGCCUAGCAAUAUUGCAGAAAGACCAAGGUAUUUGAUUUUUUUUUACUGUGUUCAUUCUAUUCCUUACAUGUAUUUCAUAUCUUCAGUAAAAUCAAUUUGUCUCUAAGUUCUGGGAUAUGAUUUUUCUUGCAUAAAUUAAAAGUUGACCUACCUUUUAAAUCAUUUUAAUUUGGCAAUCACAAAAUAUUAUUUACCUUCUGUUUCACUGAUGGAUUCCUGAUGAGUAUUAUUUAUUUAUGACAUUUCUUCCAGCAUUUUCUAAAAUGUCUGAAUUGUGCUUCCAUUCCUCAACUAAGAUAUCAGUUUAAUUUUUGUACACAUAACAGGAUGUAACAGAGACAGGCUUUUUUGGUCAGUAAAAUAAGUUGAACAUUGCAGAUCUGUUUUUCAGUGAAAGCUUUGUGUCUAGAGUGCUAUGUAAUAUAUGCAUUUAUCCUGCAGGGAAAGCUCUGGGGUGGGUGGGUUGGUCGGUGGUUUUUCUCCUGCCACUUCCUAUGCAUGUGCAGUAAAUCCCGUUAUCCCUCGGGAGUCUUGAGGAGUCUUCCUCGGGUAUAUAAAGUUGCUCAUUCUGUGUUGUCAGACCACAUGCCAUAUUCUGAAAUUUUAGGGGUCUACUCAAUUCAUGAUUUUAUGUAUUUGGCAGAAACUGCAAAAUCCAAGCUUGUCCGUGAAAUCAACUAAAAAAUUAAUAAAAAUAAAAAGCUGGCUCCCCUGUGGGAUCCAACAGUCCUUGCUGCCCACCUUAGGUGCCUGCUGGUGGGGCAGCGUGAAGGGCAGCAAACAAGAUGGCAGCCGCCCCCUCAUCCCUCUUUCCCCAUUGGGGCCUCUCUGCCAAUCGGUGAUGAGUGGCAGGGCUGGCAGUGCACAACCAGGAAAUGUUCACAGAAUUUGCACUUUGUGCUACGAUCAACUCGCAGAAAUUGUUUAAUCUCUCUGUGAUUUAAGUAGGUCUCCUACAAUUGCUUUCUGCUGACUACUUACCUUCCUUUAUCCUCCAACCCCUGCGUAAGUGGUGUUCACUGUUCAGUUCACUGAUGCUUGUCCUGGGGCACCAACCACCUAUAAUCUAUGUGAUACGUUUGUAUUCAACACCAUCUACAAAGAAUGCCUUCAACAUGAAUCUCAGCUCCUUUGAAACUCAGACUUGCCUUGUUCUGGCCUCUCCCAAAGCCAGUGAAGGAGGAUUGGCCCCAGCUAUAGGCAUUGAACUAGAUGGAUCAGUACAAGCCUGAGUGUUCGCAGGUAGAGGUCUACUCAACUUGAGGUAGACGGCCGAUUUUGCGGGAAGAUUGUGAUGGCCUCUAGCCCCACCUCCCACCCCAACCUCUGGCUGAGGGGCUCCAGUGGCCCUGCCCUUGUCACUGAUUGGUUGCAAGAGUGUCUAUUGCAUAGCCCCUGCCCUGUCCCUCACUGCUGAUUGGUGGAGAGGGGUGGAGCUGCAUAACAGGCAGCCCUCAGCCAGUUAGUGAUGAAGGGCAGGGCUGGCAGCCAUCUUGGGCUCCCCUUUGUGCUAGCAGCCCUGCUCUUCCCAACACCCCCCCCCCCACCCCCCUGGCUCCAGCUACACAGCCUGGCCUACAGUGCUUUGGGGCUGCUGGCUGUCUCUGGGAAGCUGGCAUUUUAUUUUCAGUAAGUUUGUUUCUUUCAUGGAUUUUGUAGGCAUUGCCAGAUUUUUGCAAAAUCACGAUUUCAGUAGGUCCCUACACAUGGGUCAGACUAAAGCUGUAACUUUGUACUAGUGCAGUUUUACACCAGUUUCAAGCUGCAGUAAGUUGCAGUAGUGCAAGUGACAGUGUGUAAUGGAUAAAAUUCCCUGGUCUAGCAAACUCUUAAUUUACCAGACCAACACCACCUUUAAUUUCAGAGUUAAACGUCAAAUGCAGGCAAGUAGCCAAUUGUUUUGGAGGAACUACUGAGCCACUAUCAUCUGUCAUCUGCAGUAGUUCCUAGGUUUCUUCAUAAAGAUUGUGCCAGACAAAUACAUGACAGCUACCACAAACAAUAGUGUGAGCUGCCUUUUAUUGUCAAGGAACAGAGAGUAAACUCUAUUGCCAAAUAUGAGUUUAAGGGAAAUCUUUCCUUUCAUAAACCUCAACAUGCUGAGUAAGAAGCUGUCUUUGUACAAACACUGCUACAUUGGAAAUUGGACGGUUACGUUGUCCUUCCUACUCUUAACAGUAGGGAAAUUUCACUGUGCCUAUAUACAUGCAGUGAGGCUUCUCCGACAUGUUGUAAUUACAGUGCGUCAGAGCAGACUUGGUUAAUUGAGUCUACUGAACCAUGGUCAUUACCACGCUCCAGCAGACUCCAGCAUCAUGUGUAUCAAUGUCCCUGCGCUGAAAAAUGGCAGGAGGGUGCUUAAACUAAAAUUCGUUGGCUGAGCUUUUAGUUCAAGCGCCGCCAACACCAUUUUUCUGUGCAGGGAUGCAUGACACUCUGGACACUAAUUAGAGCAGUUCUUGGAGCUGUUCUGAUUAAUUAAAGCACCCCUUUUUCCCACUCCUGAAGCAUUAUAGACAUUAAGGGUCUAUAAACACCCUUAAUGUUUAAGCAGAAACUAUUGUUUAUCUGCAAAAGGGCUAGUGCUGGCAGAUUUCCAGAAUUUCAGUUUCAGGCACAUGUUGCUAUUUCUGUAUAGUGAGAAACUAUGCCCCUCAUAACACUAAACAAAGCUUUCAUUGCAGUUGUUAUCCCAUUUCUCCUCCUUGGAUCCUCUGUACUGUAUUUUGUUCCGUUCACAGCAGUUGUACACAUGUAGCUCUUGAAGGGUCAGGUUAUUGUUUUGAACUUCAGUGCACAAAUAUCUUUCAAAGCCAUCAGGAUCUCAAAUGAAAGGGAGUUUUAUCUGUGUUACACUGCCAGUAAUUUCUUUAAAAGAGCAAAUUCAUUUUUUUUUUUUUUCUGUUUCUACUACUUAGAAGUUGUAUCUAAUUUAAGAGUAUUUUGAUUUAAGACUGAAACGGAACAAAACCCAACAAAAAUACAACUAGUUUCCUUGUGAAAUAAUAUAAAUGUUUCAUGUCUGAAGGCAGGGGAAAGUGUAAAUAGUUUGCCUGACAUUUAGAAGAAUUUCUGGGGCUUUCUAGUGUCCCUGCACCUUUUAUAGUAUAUUUGGUCUUAGUAGCCGCAAAGAUCAAUGUGCUUGACUGCUAUUGAUGUCUGGAGGCACCAAAUCAGGAUGGGGAUUCUGAUGUGCUGAGUGUAGGCUCAGUUCUGAGCCCAAGACGAGCAAGAAUUUGGGUAACCCAUGUUGGAUCUGCGUUAUAUUGAGACAUUAUUUUAAUCAUUGGGGGGGGGGGUUUCUGGCUUCUCUCUGCCUUGGCCAUCCAAACACAAAAUAAUAAAAUUUUACAAAACAGAAUUUUGAAUCAAGAAAUAGGAUGGUUUUCCGUAGUUACACCAAGUAUUAUGGUAAUAUGUUCAGAUAUUUUUUUCAGUUCAUAAUGAGGCUGUCCCAUUCACAUAAAUGUGUCUUUCGCAGCCAAAAGAAAUGAGACUUGGUCAGGGAUUUGUCAAGGGAAAAGGACCAAGAAAGGAUGAGGAAGGUCUGUUAGGAGAAGUGAUGGCUUCUGGAAACCAAAUCUGGUGAGCAGGGGCAAAAUGGACUCGGUGGAAGCCCAGGAGAACAGGUUUGCUUCAACAAGUGAUAAGCUCUUCCCCUGUCUUAGAGAGCACUGGAGUCAGACCCCUUUUGCCUCUCUUCAGGUUCUAUCAUGAUGCUUCAUGCCCCAGGACACCUGUGUGUAAGUAGCUCAAGGCACCAAUGCCAAUACAGACAUCAGCCUUGUCACAGCUGCAACUUUGGCAACCAGCAGAGGGCACCAGUACCGAUGCCAGAAUGUGACCCUCUCCCACCAUACAGCAGGUGCCAAGGCUCACUCACUUGUUUCCAGAUGCUUCCACUUCAGAGCUUGCAACUUGCCCCCCUUUGCAAUAAGGGAUGCCUCCCCCCAGCUAUAAAUGGAUUCUAUGGAAGGGUCCAUCUCUCUUUGGAGAACAAGGCACUUUGGGAGGAGUUCUACUCUCUUGGCACUGAAAUGAUCAUCACCAAAUCUGGCAGACGUAUGUUCCCACCCUGCAAAAUGAUAGCGUCAGGACUGGAUCCUCAUUCUUUCUACCUGAUGCUGAUGGAUAUAGUGCCUUCAGACAAUGCACGGUAUAAGUGGCACUGUGGCCACUGGGAGGUGGUUGGAAAAGCUGAUCCCCACUUCCCCAGCCACUUCUACCUCCAUCCAGAUUCCCCUGCUCCUGGCAGUCACUGGAUGAAAGAACCUAUCUCAUUCCAGAGACUCAAGAUCACCAACAAUACCCUGGAGCAGUGUGAACAUAUUAUUUUGCACUCGAUGCACAAAUACCAGCCACGGUUCCAUGUGGUACUGACCAGCUGCCACACAUUCACCCUGCCCUGGAAUGCUGUGACUACGUUUGUGUUCCCAGAAACAACGUUUAUGGCUGUGACAGCUUAUCAAAAUUCCAAGAUUACCCAGAUGAAGAUUGAUAAUAAUCCAUUUGCAAAAGGCUUUAGAGAGAAUGGGCUCAGCUAUAAGAAAAAUCGAAGGAAAAAUGUCAGAGGCACUGAGACAGUAAAGCAAGCAAGUGUGGAGGAGACAUGCUGUGAGCUCCCCACUGGUGCUGAUCAAGUUGGGUGAGAGAAAAUACAGCUCUGAAACCAUCCAGAAAACUGAACAUUGUUUUUGCUUCUGCUCUGUGUGGUCUACCAUUUCGACUGGUGCUUCCUGCUUAUGAUGAACGUAACUUAUGGCUCUUUGUUACUGGCUUUAGGUUCCCUAUAGAGCAUAUGUGUCCCAUCAUAGAUUUCUGAACAUGUACCUUGUAAAUCUAGUUCUGAAUUUAGUUCCUUCUUUUCAUAUGUCCUGUAACUCAGUCCAUCAGCUCACAUUCUCCUGCAAGUUAUAGAUAUAUCUUCUGGCUCUCAGAAUUCAGCUUCUUUCUUCCUGUAGGAUGCAUAGUUUUUUGGGGGUAUCUAAUUCUGGCUCCCUUUCUUAAACAAUAUAUGUAUACCAUGGCUGUAUAGUGUUUUACAUGUAUUAGGUCUACAUAUACAUCAUAUUUUAAUAGAAAAAAAUAAGGUAAAUAGCUUAAUACAGAAAUAGGGAUGAAUUAAUGUAAAAUUAAUAUAAUCAAGGAAGUAAGACCAGAUUUUUUUUCUUUUUUUUUUUUUAAUUAUAUUUAAAUUCUUCCAUUUCUAUCGUAUGCCACACUUAAUGUAACCAGGCUGCACUAGAGGAUGGCAGAAUGCAUUUCCUAGCCAUAACUUUCCAACCAGUUUUAGCUUUUGUUAUCGCGUUCUGGCUCUCAUUUCCUUGUCCCAAGUAUUACACCUUGUAGCUGAAACUUAAUACCUGUUUUACUAAUAAUGAUCCUAGUUAUUCUCUGGAAGGUGGAAUUUUGUAGCAAGUCUGUAAAAUAUGUUGAAAGACGAGAGCUAUGGGAAAGAGUACAGUUUAUAAAAAAAACUUUGGAUCUGAGCAUUUAAAUAUUUAAGCAAGUUCAUUAACUCUUUGUAAGUUGUGCCACAGACUCCUUUACUUUACUGUUAAUUUUAUAUUAUGACAGUAAAACCUUAUUGCACUAUAGUAUAGUAUUAUAUUGAAUCAGUCUUACAAUGUGGCUGUAUCCCACUUAUUUAAUAAGCAAAACUAAGCUUCAAACUGAUAAAUUGAUCAAGGUCUGUUUUAUAACAUGGCCAUUUGAUAAGUGAAUCUUCUAAUACUUGCAAAGAUUAAUCAUGGUAUAUUUGCAGAAACAAGAGUAAAGUCAUGGUUUAUCUGAGCCCUUAAGUCAAAGGAGUUUUGACAUAUGGGUCUGGGCCUGGCCCUUUCUGGUUUCAGGAAGAGAUUGGUAAACCUGAGAGCAUGUUUAUUUUGCAGAAUCUUGUCAGUCACAUUUUUGUGCAGUAAAAUCACACCGGGGCUUAUUCUAAUCUUGGUCCCUGUUUAGUUGAACCUACAAUGUUUAAGGUUCCACCCUGUGCAGUUUCUGCCUUUGUACUACUAUGUCUGUGUAUUAAAUAUACAGUGUUUUGUUACCACCUUCA